UCUUCAAGUCGCCGCUCGCCGUUCGCCGACGUCGAUCAGUUCGAGCUUGUCCGUGGAAGCCGCCAGUCGGGUGUCGCGUUGCCGUCUCAGUUCCUAUUGCCGCAGAGCCCACAGAGCCGUGUGGAGCUCCAGUGGCUAGUGCCACUAGCGCCGAUCUUUUUUGCACCACUGGCACAACACUUUCUGGUGUGUGGAACGUGCGUCCAGCGCGGUUCGUGUGUGCAGCCCGCUGUUCGCCGUCUGAAAGCGAAAACUGGCGCUCAAGUUCAGUCAGCGAUUUGUCGAUUUCUAUGCAAAUCAUUACUCGGAAAAGAAACACAUAUUGCCCAGAGUCGGAGAUACAGGCGGCCAGAAGAAAGAGCGUGCUAUUUUUAUUUUAUUUCGCUAAAUGUCGACUCGAGGCUCACGUCGCCGGAGCAGAGCCUAAGUCUCCGUUUCAACGGGCGAGAGACUGUAACUUGAGUCGCGGUCCGCGAAAAAAACAAAAAAAGAAAGAAAAGCAACAAAAAACUGAAACAGACAAACAGAAACAGAUUGUAUCUGUAUCUAUAGUCGCGACUUGCGGCUCGUUUUGUGUGCGCACAUUCGUGUAUCUGUAUCUGCGGCCGAGCGCGGAAAAAAGUAAUCAUAAACUGGAAGGGAAAGAAAAGUAAAUAAAUAAGAAAGAGUGCCGCUCCCCAGCCUCCAAGAGGUACUGAUACCGCGCCAGAUAGACAGACAGUGCUGAGUCGGAGGCGCUAGGAUGUGAGAGGAUACCAAGGCCUCAGCCCAGAGAUUUCGAUUGAGGAGCAUCCAUCAAGCGCAGUAUUUCGAAGCCAUGGAGUUCCUUUGCAUACUGAAUGCCUUCGAGCAGAACUACUACAACCGCAUGAAGGAGAUCGAGCGCUAUGCCGCCGCAGCUGCAGCAGCCUCGUCACCCACCUCGUCCGCCUCCACGUCCUGCUCGAGCGGACCCUCCACUUCCUCCUCCGCCUCCUCCACGGCCAGUUCGCCCAGCUCGUCGGCCCAGGCGGCCGCUGCCCUGGCGGCCACGCAAAGACUGGCCGCUUAUCAGGGCCAGGCACCCGGAGCCCCAGGCCCGGGGGCCAUGUUCUACCAUCCCCACCAGCAGCAGCAGCAGCAGCAGCAUCAUCCUCCUCCUCAUAAUCACCACCACCACCUCCACCGGCAGCAGCUGGAGCAGCUGCAAUCGUUGCAGGCGGAGUCCGGCAAUCAGCAGCCUCAUCCGCAUCCGCAGUCAGCCUCCGGGGAUCCCAACGCCUCCUCCAUGGCCAACAGCCUGCUCUGGCAGCCCUGGCGGGAUCUGCAGCAGGCGGCGGCCAUGCACCACCAGCUCUACAGGCAGCAGCAGCAGCAGUUGCACAAAGAGAUGCGUGUGACUUCCAAGGAGCUGCCCACCACCAAAUGGCGACGCGAGCGGCGUCAACGGACCGCCGAGUACCAGGUGCACGAGGCGGGCAGCAGCGAAAGGGAGCGGGAGCGCGAGCGGGAGGACAUGGACAGCCCCAUCGACAUGUCGGUGACAACGGGAGCGCUCAAGCAGAGGGCCUCGCCACCGCCGCCCUAUCGCGAACCCUUGCCGGGCACCAAUUACGCGGCCAACAGCCGACCCAGCGUCAUCACCCAGGCUCCACCCAAGCGGGAACCGCCCGAGCAGGCCCACCAAGCCUCAGACAUGGCAAUGUCCGACAUUGACGAGCACUUCCGGCGCUCGCUGGGCGAGGACUAUGCCGUCCUGUUCGCCAAGAAGUCGCCGACGCCCACGCCCACACCCACGCCCUCGCCCAGCGGUACGCCCAAGCAGCAGGUUUCGCCGCUGGCCUACGUAUCGCCGUCGUCAGCCAGCACAGCAGCAGCUUCGCAGCUCUACCAGCCGCACCGCGCGGCGCUGGCCAAGCCGGGUUUGGUCAUCAUGGCGCCGGAAUCGUCGCAGCCGGAACUUCCGCCGCCGCAGGAGGAGCCGUUGCCACUCUCGCUGGCACUGCAUCGCACCCAAACGCCGCCAUCGCCACCGCCCUCGGCGACGGGCUCGGGACCAGCGAUGCCCACGGUCAGCCAGGUGGAGGCAGCGUUGGCCAUGGCUGUGCCAAAGCGGACUGUCCUGGAAACAACGCACCACACGCCGCCCAGAUACAAUACACCGCCGCCGCCGCCACCAGCUUAUGGGACAGGCGGAACACCGCCAACUUUGACACCGACACCGAUUCCAACACCGAAUCCGAUUCCGGCGCCCCCGCAGAUUCCACCGACCACGCCCAGCAUGCCGGCCAUCAUUCGGGUGAAGGCUGAGCCCGGCCUGGCGGCUGCUGCCGCCUCCUCGACGCAGACGCCGCCCGCUUCGCCCACCUCGUCCACGAAUAUAUCCAUAUUCACCAAGACUGAGGCCUCGGUGGACGACCACUUUGCCAAGGCGCUGGGCGACACCUGGACGAAGCUGCAGGGCGGGCACAAGGAGUAGAAGUAGGCGGAAGGAGGAGCAACCCAACCAACCAUGUCCCGGUCCCAAACCCAAUCCCUAACCCAACCCAAUCACUGAUCCUCAACGAUCCAACUCAAGAGCUGUUUUUAUUAUAAAUAUUUCAAACUACACAAUUAACGUUUAAAGAUCUCAUGCUGAUGUGAACGGAAAUUCUUCAACUGCGAGUGUAUUACAAGUUUCUGAUAUAAUGAUUUUAUUGAAUAUUGAUAACACGGUUAGCGCGGAUAUAUACGAUAUAUAUUAUAAUAUAUACAAAUGGAUAAAUGUGUAUGGCAAAGAGUAUACGUACAAGUGACAAAAUUUUGUAUUCUUAAUGCUUAGUUGGUAGAGACUAAUCCUUAAUAAUAUACCUAUUAAACAUAAGUGAACAAUCCUA